AUGGUUCAGAGACUCACUUACAGACGUCGUCUUUCAUACAACACUCGUUCUAACCGCGUCAAGGUCGUCAAGACCCCUGGUGGUAAGCUCGUCUACCAAUACCAAAAGAAGCCUGUCAAGGCUCCCCGUUGCGGUGAUUGCGGUGUUGCUCUUCCUGGCCUCAAGGCUCUCCGCGCACGCAAGUUGGCUAACUUGGCCAAGAACCAAAAGACUGUCAGCCGCGCUUAUGGUGGCUCUCGUUGCUCCCACUGUGUUCGCAGCCGUAUCGUCCGUGCUUUCCUUGUCGAAGAACAAAAGAUUGUCAAGAAGGUUCUUAAGCAACAAAAGAAAUAA